GCGGGCACCAUGCGGGAGCUGGCCGUCGAGGUGGCCGUCCGAGCGCUGCUCUUCGGGGUCUUCGUUUUUACGGAGUUUUUGGAUCCAUUUCAGCGAGUCAUCCAGCCAGAAGAAAUCUGGCUCUAUAAAAAUCCUUUGGUGCAGUCAGACAACAUACCAACCCGCCUUAUGUUUGCAAUUUCAUUCCUCACUCCUCUCGCAGUCAUCUUUGUGGUGAAAAUUAUCCGGCGAACCGAUAAGACUGAAAUUAAAGAGGCUUUUCUAGCUGUUUCCUUGGCUCUAGCUCUGAAUGGCGUCUGCACAAAUACUAUAAAAUUAAUAGUUGGAAGACCGCGUCCUGAUUUCUUUUACCGCUGCUUCCCCGAUGGAGUGAUGAACUCCGAGAUGCACUGCACGGGGGAUCCCGAUCUGGUGUCCGAAGGGCGGAAGAGCUUCCCGAGCAUUCACUCUUCGUUUGCAUUUUCAGGUCUUGGCUUUACAACCUUCUACUUAGCUGGGAAGUUACACUGCUUCACAGAAAAUGGGCGAGGGAGAAGCUGGCGUCUCUGUGCGGCAAUUCUGCCCCUGUACUGUGCCAUGAUGAUUGCCCUGUCACGCAUGUGUGAUUACAAGCAUCAUUGGCAAGAUUCUUUUGUGGGAGGAGUAAUUGGCCUCAUCUUUGCUUACAUUUGCUAUAGGCAACACUACCCUCCUCUGGCUAACCUAGCGUGUCACAAACCUUACGUGAGUCUCCGACUUCAGACGCCCCUGAAGAAAGAUGAGGGGUCUGCAGUGGACAGCAGCCCGGGGGUGCCUCUCGAGGGGAUGAGCGAAGGACCCGUAUGACCCACCCACAAGCCGAGAGAACUCUAGCCCUCCGGGUUUUCCCCUCUGUCCCGGUGUCUUCGCUUGGGAGCGAACAUUCCCCGUAGUUUGGGUGGCUUUGGUGCUUUUUAAGCAUUCUUCCUGGACUCUGUUCUCUACUUGCUUCAGUUUUACAUUGGGAUCCAUACCGUGCUGCCGAGUUCCAUCAUUUUUAAGCCGAAAGACAAACGGAUGGAAGACGGCCAAAGUGAUUGAGAAAAGAAAUGGUUUCCAGGGCAUUCCAGGUGCUCCUUUAUCUAUUCCUAUUAUAUAUAUCUUGGACUUGCGUUUUUCACGGUACCACAGUAAAUCUCCACCUAGUGUAUCCUGUGCUGGUCCUCCUGUUUGAAGGAGCGAUUUGGAGCCAAAGCGAAAAGGGAAGCACAAGAGGGCAUAGAUGACAGAGGCUCUGAAAUAGAAACCACUGCCAUUUCCUUUUCUGCUAGGGAGCGUUCUCAUUUGUCAACGCGCCGGAACACGUUUCUCGAAUAAGGUGGAAACCCCGUUCUCCUACCCCAGCAUUUUCACAGCUCUAAGAGGCUUGGUUUCUGGUUUGAAAUGGAAAGAAGAGCUCUGCAGCUAGGCCGCCACUUGCCAAAAACCUUAACGGCAACUGCCGUUGUGGAGGUGAUGGAACCAGCGGUUGUCCACUAAGCCCCAUGUAGAAACCUGGCCGUCGGUUCUUCCAGCCCAAAGGAGCUAAUGUUGUCUGCAUUUUUCCUCUGCGGAGGGCUUAAUGGAUCCAGGACUUGUUGGGGCCCAGCUCUGGGCCUUGGAACCUCUGGGCCUACCCCAGGUGUCGGUUGAUUUAUUGGCAAGCGACGUGCAAAUUCCUCUUUGCAGCAGUCAUCACCAGGACCAGAUCUGCACACAUUGCAAGCUCUAGAGUCUCAACACUUGCUCCAGAAAAAGCAAUUUCCACUCCUCAGAUCGGCCCAAGAACAAUUCAUUUGGGUCGGGAUGAGGAGAGUGGGAGAGUUAUAGGAAUCAGGCUCCCGGACUCUCAUCUGGUACAAAUUAAGCACAGUCUCCCCCCAUUCUGCCGUCUACACCACCGUUCUGCAUGGGUCCAUUUAAUAUCUGGGGUUCUCUUUUAAUCCAUGAAGAAGCAGGGACAUUGCAAAGUAGAAAGACUGCCCCAUCACUAUAAGACAGCGUAAGAAUAAGAACGAGCCAUCGGCAGAGCGGGGAUUAAAAUUCCCGGUCCCAGAUGGCAGAGACACCUGCUGUGUUUCAGCUCGUCUCCCAGAAAAGAAGAGACUCCUUUUGGAGCAGUGAGUUUCACGUUGAUGAUGGACAGGGUGACUUUCGGCCUGAGCGUUCUUCAAAGGUACCUUUGGGAAAAGGAUCUGUUUCCUCCGUUUUCCUUUUUUACCGGGACACACUCUACUCUCUCUACCAAUGGACCAAACGUGUGUACUCUUUCUCGGGGAAGACACCUGUCCGUUGAGUCAACCCAACUCUAUUUAAAAAAGAGCUGGUGUUCCUAUUGUUCUAGAUGAACCACGUGUUUUCCAAAAUCCCCAAAACCUUCCCAAAGAGCAGCACUUCCUCACACUUAUUUGAGCAGAUGGUUUUGAAAGACCAAAGUGAAUGUACUGCAAUUUUCUCUAAAAGUGGAUCAGCUCCUGCCUGGAUCAAUCAAUCAAUCCAUCGGUGGUAUUAAAGUGCUUACAGUGUGCGGACCACUGUACUAAGCGCUGGGCAGAGUACAAUCCAAUAGAAUCGGUUAGACAAGUUCCCUGCCCAUGACGAGCUUACAGUCAAGAUCAGCCAGCUGAGAUGAUCAAGACGGCAACUUUCAGCUGCUAUCUGCUCUUGGCAGGAAGAUCAUCCCAAUACCAUAAUUAUCUUGCAAAUCAUGCAGAUUAGGCUUCACUCAACCUUGCAAAAACCAUGAUCCUUUCCAAAGAACUAUCAGGCUGGAACAGUUCUGUGGCGGUGAAGAUCGGUUUCAGGUUGUAAGGGCUUGUAAGCGGCUUCCAUCCACAACGAGUGCUGGAGAUUUUUGUAAAUCAAAACCAUCACACUGGAGAGUUAUUUUGAAAACUGAACAAGAUCAGUACCUUAAAGGGCAAUUCUUAAACUCCCUUAGCCAAAAGGUGUAAGAAAUUGGAAAAUAACUAGGCUCCAGAUGGUUCUCUUGUUGGAGUUACACCAAAUUCUCUAUAAUGGGCAGAAAUGUUAAAAGAUCGAUAUUCAAAGAAUGAUGCUAUAAAAAAGAUAUUUUGCCUCUUUUCUCCUUUUUUAAAACCUAUUAAAUAGAUAAAGCCUCUUUAAUUCAGUGCGUUGGGAUCCAGUUUUAUAAAAGCUUUUGAUAUGUAAGAAACGUCUCCCUCGUUAGCUGGGAUCAGAAGGGGUAUGUCACAGGUGAGGAGCAAUUUAAGAUUCUGGGAUAAUGCAGCAUAAAUACUUAUAUUUCGCGAUAAAUGGCUGAAAAGAACUUUUCAAAGCAACAAAUAAUAAAGUAUCUUUAAUGGAGAUAAUUAAAUUGAGAGUCAUAAAGCAGGCUACAUUAAAAACUUUGAUUAAAAUGUAAUUAACGUUACAAAAGAUUUAAUAAAGAAAAAACUUAUGGAUGGCUCCUUAGGAGCCGUAAUUACCAGUGCGUGCCAGUGUAAGAAAGGCAUUUUUGUGGAUCAAUGUAUUUCAAUUUCAUGCUCUGUUAAUGUGAAGGAAGUGUAAUAUUGUAAUGUUCCAAUAAAGCUGCACAUGAAUGUGGGUUUUUGUAUA